AUGAGGCAGCUGGGGAAGAGGCGUGCAAGCCUCUCUGCCAAUCUGAAGAUUGGGAAUCACCGGGGCUGCUACCGGACACCAGAGGAAGAAGAAGUCUACAUCCCAUUUGCACAGGACAGCCUGAUAAAGCAAUGGAGCUCCCUGCAGGACAUGACAGACAGAAAUCAAGAGAAAAGCAGAAUUCCCUUCCUGAGGAACAAAUACUUCCUCAACAUUAAUGUGGGAGGCAAAUCAUUCCAGAUAGCUUACAAGGUAGCUGCCCGGUAUCCCAUCACCAGGAUUGGGAAGCUAGCCAUUUACACAGACCCUAUGAAGAAGCUGCAGCUCUGCGAUGACUACUCAGUGCAGAGGAAUGAGUACUUCUUUGACAGAGAUCCUUCAAUUUUCCACUACGUCUUCCACUUCUACCGCAGCGGUGUCCUGUGGAUAAUGGAUGAGAUGUGCCCCAGUCACUUUGUGGAGGAAAUUGAGUACUGGGGAAUCCAUCUGAAAUACUCCCAGCGCUGCUGCCGGAUCUUGUUUGAGGAAAAGCAAGAUGAACUCAUUGAGAACCUGAAAAUACAGAAGGAGCUGGAGGCAGAACUGGAGCCCCUGGACUCAGCAGAGCACUUUGAAGGCAAAUGCUUAGGGAAGUUUCGGAAGAUGAUCUGGAACCUCAUUGAGAACCCAUACUCUUCUGUCCCAGCCAAGAUCAUUGCUGUCAUGUCAAGCUUCUUUGUGCUCAUCUCCAUUGUGGGCAUGACUUUGAGCACAGUGGAGGAGAUGAAGCACAAGACCGGGAAGAAGUGGAUGGAGCAGCUGGAGAUGAUCUGUGCCAUUUUCUUCACUUCGGAGUAUCUCAUGAGGCUUAUAUCCUCCUCUAGCUUCCAGAAGUUUUUGAGGGCAGCAUUUAAUGCUGUAGACCUAGUGGCCAUCCUGCCUUUCUAUAUUCAGAUUCUCUUUGAAAAUCUGGAUGAAGCGGACACACUUUACCAUGAGGAACUGCACAAGAUGGAGAACAUGAGCAAGCUGGGAAAAGUCCUCAAGCUCAUCAAGCUCAUGAGGAUCUUCCGCAUCCUCAAACUGGCACGCCACUCCACUGGCCUCCGGGCCUUUGGCUUCACCAUGCGCCAGUGUUACCAGCAGGUUUGCUGCCUCCUCCUCUUCAUCGCCAUGGGAGUCUUCACCUUCUCUGCUCUUAUGCACUCUGUGGAACACGAUGUCCCCGGCACCAACUUCACCAGCAUCCCCUAUGCAUGGUGGUGGGCAGCGGUCAGCCUCUCCACUGUGGGCUAUGGUGACACCGUGCCUGACACAGUGCUGGGCAGGAUUGUGGCAUUUGGCUGCAUCUCCUUCGGCAUCAUCCUGAACGGAAUGCCCAUCUCCAUCCUCUACAACAAGUUCUCCGAUUACUAUGCCAAGCUGAAGGCCCACGAGAACGAGACCAGCCUCUCGCUCAAGCUCUCCAGGCGGAUCCGCUUCAAGGAGCGAGCCCUGCGGAAGCUGUCGGAGUGCUGUGGGGCCAACCCACAUUGCCAUCACUGA